CUGUGUGGAGCUAAAUCUUUUUUUUUUUUUUUGCGGUGCCGGAGUUUGGGCGCGUACUGGUACCGACACUCACCAUGAAUAAAGACGCGCAGAUGAAGGCUGCCAUCAACCAGAAACUUAUUGAGACGGGGGAGAGAGAACGACUUAAAGAACUGUUGAGAGCGAAACUGAUUGAAUGUGGUUGGAGAGACCAGCUAAAGGCACAUUGCAAAGAUGUGAUCAAUGAGAAAGGAGUGGAGCAUGUAACUGUUGAUGACUUGGUUGCAGAAAUAACCCCCAAAGGCAGAGUGCUUGUUCCUGACAGUGUGAAGAAAGAACUGUUACAAAGGAUAAGGGCCUUCCUGGCCCAGCAUGCUAGCCUUUAGCAAGUGCAAGUAAAGAUCUAUUCAUUCACCUUCUCAUGUGCUUUUAUAUAUUCACUUUGUUUCCAUCUGGUUUUUUUUUAUCUUGUUUAAAAAAUCUUGUUUAUAAAAUAAAAUGUCAUGUACUUGAAACAACCUAAA